AAGCAAAUCCCAACUGUCUUGCCAUCUUAGUUCCGUUUCUCACUUCAGCUCUCAGCCCUCAAUUCGUUUUUUAACUUUUUCCAGUGCCAAAACACAAGACAUCAUUUUCAAGUUCUAUGCAACUCCACUAAACUGUCAUGCUAUGAUUCUCUAACACAAGUUUUGUUUUUGAAGUUCUACCUCCUCCUUAGAAAGUACAUCUCGUACUACUCUUGGAGGCGGAGAAGACCCAGUUGAAGUUUGAGCAAGGAUGUUUGAUAUCUUCUUCGGGUGGAGGAAAGCUUCCAGAUGUAAGAAGCUGAUCAAGCAGGUUCAGUGCCGCCUGAAGCUGCUGAAGAACAAGAAGUAUACGAUCGUGAAACAGUUGCGGGAGGACAUGGCUGAGCUCAUCAAACUUGGCCAUGAAGAGAGCGCCUUCAAUCGGGUUGAGCAACUCUUCAAAGAUGAGAACACAAUAUCAGUCUACGAUAUGUUGGAUCGUUACUGUGAAUUUCUCACCAUUAAUCUCUCAUAUAUCCGCAGAAACAAGGACUGCCCCAAUGACAUAAAUGAAGCAGUUUCAACUCUUAUAUUUGCCUCUGCAAGAUGUGGAGAUCUUCCUGAACUUCCUUCAAUCCGGAAGCUCUUUGGGGAGCGAUAUGGCCAGGGAUUUGCAACUGGUGCUAUUGAAUCAUAUCCUGGGAAUUUGGUGAACCGGGAGGUUAAGGAGAAGCUCUCCAUAAAAACAGUCCCAGAUGAUGCAAAAGACAGAUUGGUUGAUGAGAUUAUCAGACAGCACUGCCUAAGGCCGGAGCUUUUGGCAAUUGAAUACCCUUUAGAACCGCAACAACAGGACAAGGAAAUUAUCAUUGAAGAAUCUCCAGUGCAGAAUUCAGAUAUCAUUGAGACAGAAGAAGAAUCCAUGGAUGUUGUGCUAACUUCGAUGACAAAGAGUCAUUUAUCUGAGCCAUUUCAGUCUCAAUCUCUCCAAAGUUCAGAUGCAAUUAGGGCUUCUGUGACUGGUUCUAUAGUUCAGCAAUCCUCAUCAGAUGUAACGGAGUCAUUGGUAUUGAACAAAGAAGAGAAGGGAGAGAAUUUUAAAGAAGAUUCUGGAUUUGAGUCUGAAGUUGGUAGUGCUGUUGACACAGAAAGCCGAGGCAAUGAUAGGAAUAAUGCGACAUCCAUUUUGAAACACAAGGAUAAAAGACUGAAAGCUGUUUCUUCUUCGGAAAGUUCAAAACAAUUUUUUGGGGAAAAAGUUGUUUAUCAUGAUGAUACAGAGGAAAUUCAGUCAUCUGUGACAAAAGAAGGAGGCAGCCAGGAUCAGAGACUAUUCAAGUUCAAGUCACCUAUCCCACCUAAGACAGGAGGAAUUAUUUCUGAGUUUUCUGAUGGGGGGAGUGGCAUGGAUCACCAUGAAGAAGUGAGUGAGAUUUCAGGCUCAUCGAGCUCGAGGAAAAGUAACAAUGCAGAUAGGAAAAGAUCAAGGAGGAGGUCAAUCUCUCGAGAAAGUUCCACCAUGCAGGAUACUGAUCAUGAGAUCUACUACGAGAAGCCUUCAAGUCACAAGCAUAGAUCACACAGGAGGAAACUUCAGAAGAAUGCAACAGUAGAAGAACAAUCAACUUAUGGACAGAAGUUAAUGAAGCAACAUGGCUGCGCAGAUAAAUGCAAGUACAAUGCAGUGAAACCAUGUGUCUGCAGGUUGGAAGAUCCUUAUUAUUUUUCUCCUGGUGACAAAAAGGAUGAAGAGCAAGCUCCUCAACGGAAGCAAAAUAGAGGGCUUAAAAAUAUGGGGCAGUUUCCUUUUCGUGGUUUUGAAGAAAAUUUAAGUGACAGUUUCAGCCAAUCUUCUCAGUAUGGAGGAUCCAGUAAUGAAAUGGAAUGGACAAAAGUAGAACAGACUGUUCUUCCUAAGAAUCUGAGAAGUAGAAGAAGCUAUGCCAAUGGAGAAACUGUAUAUGUUGUUUACACCUGGCCGCCUAAUAAGCAAAGAGAGAAAACAGAAAAAAAGCAGUCACUCCCUUCUUACUUAAGAGCCAUGACAAUGCCUCAAGAAAGGCCUAAAAACAGUCAGAAGGACAGCAUUUUACGGUCAAUUUCAUGCAAUCUUCCACAUCCAAAUCAUGUCCAUCCUAAGCUACCGGAUUGUGAUGAAAUAACAGCCAAAUUCAUGGCUCUCAAGAAGGAUUACAAGCAGAAUAAGCCGUGAUCAGUGAAGAAUUCAAUUUUAUUUCCCUUACCUGCAUAUAGGACUAAUUCUUCAAUCUUUUUUCUAUUCUCUCGCCCAGAGAAUUCUCUUUCAUUCAUUUUCAGCUGUAGUAUGAUACCGCCGCGUUAAUUAUUCGAUCUUUGUGUAAUACUAAUACUAAUAAGAAAAGAGUCAUUUCUAGCUUUGAUUCACAAUUGCUUGGAAUGUAGAAAAUAUUUAUGAGAAAGAGCUGAGAAUUCAAAACGUC